AUGAAUAUUUCAGAGAUAGUAGUAUCAGUUGCUAAUGUAUCAGAUUCCAUAGUAGAGAAUCUCAAUAAUGAAGUAGAACGAACAGUUACCUGUGAUAGCACACCCAGUGAUAAUAUCAACAAGUCACCAGAAGAUUUCAACUCGGUUACUCAACCAUACAACAGCACAGCAUCAGAAACAUCAGCUACAAAUAUUCCGAAAUUCUCUCAUUCAGAUAGUAAUGAAAUUAGUACCCAAUACGAAACUAGUAAGAUAGGUAAGAAAAUAGGAGAACCAUCAAUAAAGCAAAAUCAUGUAGGCGAAAUUUCCGAGACAUUAUAUCCCGAAAAAGUUACUUCUGGUGACAAUUCUAGCAUUGAUGAGGCCUCACAACAUCUAGCUCAGUUAUGUGAUAAGGCUUUUGAUGCUGAAGAUAGAACGAAUCGAGCUAAUCACAUGGAAAUUUUAUGCUGGUCCCUCUAUGGGAAGGAUUUCAGAAUUCAGCUCAACAGGAUUAUAGAAAAUAGCAGAGGUACAAUUGGUGAAAAAAAAGUAAGAAGCUUACUGUAUGAUUCCAUUACAGAACAGCUUAAUUUACUUCGUAAACAAAGAUCCCAAGAAUUAGGUUUACAACUUCGAGAUAUAUCACGAGAUAGUUUGCGCAAGAAAACUCAGAAAGCUGAGAAAGUCUAUAAAUUUUUUGAAAAAGUAGGUCAUGAUAAAAUCAAAUACAUCAAAUCAUAUAGUGCAACUUCUAUUUCAGAACUUACUGAUGAACAAAUUCAAGAGGUUAUAGAUUAUCAUUCUAACUUGGAAGAAUCGGAGAUUCGAAGCUUUGCUUUAUCACCUGAUGAUAAGAAAUCCUACGAUGGAGACACUAAUGAUAAUGGCGAUUUUGACGUGAACCAGCUUCUUGUUGAGAAUUUCUUUGAUGAUGACUCACAGAACACAGAGUAUCUUGCUUUGGUAUGGAAUGAGAAUGCUUUGCAUCUAAUUGGUAAUUGGAUAUUUUUUUCGUCGAUUACAAAAUCUCGGGAGAUAAUGCAUUGGAUAGAUAGGGUUUCUGAUUGUUAUGAGCCAGAAUCAAAGUGA